CCACAAGCAUCACCACGCACCACAUUACAUUCACACAACCUUACCACCGCAUCUCUGUUAUCAUCAUCUCUCCAAUUAUAAUACUUCUUUUUAUUUCCCUCUAUUUUAGUGCAAUUUAAUUCAUUUUAACACGAUGAUGAUAAUGGCGGCGUUCGGCGGUGGCAACGGGAGGAAGGACAACAAAAAUGCGGCGGCGGUGACGGCGGUGUCGUCGGAGACGGAGCUCCAGAAGAGAAACGAGGAGCUCGAGAAGGAGCUGAGAGAAAGCAAGGCGAGGGAGGAGCAGAUGAGGCUCCAGCUUCAAAGCGCGUGGGAGAAGCUGCGCGUCGCUGAGGAGGCGGAGGAGAGGCUCUGCUCCCAGCUCGGCGAUUUGGAAGCAGAGGCGGUUCACCAGGCGCGUGACUACCACGCGCGAAUUGUCUCCCUCAUGGAGCAGCUCUCACGCGCCCAGAGCCUCCUCUCCGUGGUUUCCUCCUCCUCAUGAAAAUGGAUCUUGCAUCUGCAUUUUACAGCAUGUGUGGGAUUAAACAUUGUUGUUGUUGUUAGAUGUAAAUUAUUGUGUAAGAUGAUUAUGAUUAUCCAUAUUAGCGUGGAUCUUAAUUCAUCUAUGUAACUCUUGUAAAAUUUUGGAUGUUGUGGGUGAUAAUGAAUGAGAAUAGUUUGAUUGGUUUGCAA